GGCGGUGUACCUGGUGCGGCACACGGCCACGCGGCAGCGCUUCGCCAUGAAGAAGAUCAACAAGCAGAACCUGCUGCUGCGGAACCAGGUGCAGCAGGCCUUCGUGGAGCGCGACAUCCUCACGUUCGCCGAGAACCCCUUCGUGGUCAGCAUGUUCUGCUCCUUCCAGACCCGCCGCCACCUCUGCAUGGUCAUGGAGUACGUGGAAGGUGGGGCGGGGGACUGUGCCACGCUGCUGAAGCACAUCGGGGCGCUGCCGCUGGAGCUGGCCCGGCUCUACUUCGCCGAGACCGUGCUGGCUCUGGAGUACCUGCACACCUACGGCAUCGUGCACCGCGACCUCAAACCCGACAACCUCCUGAUCACCUCGCUGGGCCACGUGAAGCUGACGGAUUUCGGGCUCUCCAAGAUGGGGCUGAUGAGCCUCACGACCAACCUGUACGAGGGGCACAUGGAGAAGGACGACGCGGGGAGUUCCCGCGACAAGCAGGUGUGCGGCACCCCCGAGUACAUCGCGCCCGAGGUGAUCCUGCGCCAGGGCUACGGGAAGCCCGUGGACUGGUGGGCCAUGGGCAUCGUCCUCUACGAGUUCCUGGUGGGCUGCGUGCCCUUCUUCGGGGACACCCCCGAGGAGCUCUUCGGGCAGGUGAUCUCAGACGAGAUCCUGUGGCCGGAGGGGGACGAGGCGCUGCCCCCGGACGCGCAGCACCUCAUCUCCUGCCUCCUGCAGCCGGACCCGCUGCGGCGCCUCGGGGCAGGGGGGGCUCAGGAGGUGAAGGCCCACGGGUUCUUUGCCCGCCUCGACUGGACGGGGCUGCUGCGGCAGAAAGCCGAGUUCGUGCCGCACCUGGAGUCCGAGGAGGACACGAGCUACUUCGACACGCGGUCGGACAGGUACCCCCACGUGACGUCAUACGAGGACGAGGACACGACGGAGGACGAGCCCGUGGAGAUCCGGCAGUUCUCGUCCUGCUCGCCCCGGUUCAGCAAGGUGUACAGCAGCCUGGAGCAGCUCUCGCAGGAGCCCAAGCCCAAGGGGCGCCCGCGGGACGAGGGGAGACGCGACGGCUUCGCCCGCGAGCGCGGCUGGAGAACGGCAUCACCUGAGCUGAAGCACCGCUCGGCGGGGGAAGGGCCGCCCCCCGAGGGCGAGGGCAGCCCCCCACCGGGCGCCCGCCGCCGUUUCUCGGCGCUGCUGGAGCCGGCGCGCCCCGCGGGCCCCCCCGAGGAGCGGCCGUGCCCCCGCAACGCGGCCGCGAGGGAGGCGCGGACGGAGCCAGCGAGGAGCCGGGGGAGCGAGCGCCGCGGGCCGCGGAGCCGCCCCCGCCCCGCACCGAGCUGGGGCUGCGGCGGCCGCGACACCCGGGGGUGGCCCCCGCCGAGGCCGGGGGGGACAAGCGCAGCCCCCGCGCCCCCGGGAAGGUCACCAAGUCGGCGUCGGCCACCGCGCUGUCCGUCAUCAUCCCCAGCGGUGGGUGACACCCCCCGGGACCCUCCCCAGGGAGCCCAAAUCCCCCCGGGACCCUCCCCAGGGAGCCUAAAUCCCCCCGGGACCCUCCCAUUCCCAGGGAUCUCCUCCCAGGGAGCCCAAAUCCCCCCGGGACCCUCCCCAGGGACCCCGAAUCCCCCCGGGAUUCCCCCAGGGAGCCUAAAUACCCCCCGGGACCCUCCCCAGGGAGCCCAAAUCUCCCCCGGGACCCUCCCCAGGGAGCCUAAAUACCCCCGGGACCCUCCCCAGGGUCCCCAAAUCCCCCCGGGACCCUCCCCAGGGAGCCCAAAUCUCCCCCGGGACCCCCCCAUUCCCAGGGAUCUCCUCCCAGGGAGCCCAAAUCCCCCCCGGGACCCCCCUAAAGGACCCUCCCCGAAGGACCCCAAACACCCAGGGACCCCUCCACCCCCCGGGUCCCCGCGGGAGGGGGGGGGGCUGGGGGUUCCUGUGGGUGGUGGGACCCCCGAUGCCGUGGAUUUGGGGUCUCCCAUGGGGUUCCUGUGGGUGGUGGGGACCCCCAGUCCCACGGGUGGGGUGUCCCCGGUCCCGGUGGGUGCCCGUGGGGGGUCUGGGGGGGUUUUCUCCCUGGGGUUUUUUUUUUUGGGUGGCGGUCAGCGGGGUCUGGGGGCGCAGGGGGAGGCGCCCGGCUCGUCCCCCCUGGGCAGCCCCAUGUCCCCGCGGUCGCUGUCGUCGGACCCCUCGUCGCGGGACUCGUCGCCGGGCCGGGAGCUGGCCCCGGCCGUGGCCGCCCCCCCGCGCUCGCCCAUCGCCAUCCCCCGGCCCGGCAAGAAGUUCGGCUUCACCCUCCGCGCCAUCCGCGUCUACCUGGGCGACAGCGACGUGUACAGCGUGCACCACGUCGUCUGGCACGUGGAGGAGGGGGGCCCCGCGCAGGAGGCCGGGCUGUGCGCCGGGGACCUGAUCACGCACGUGAACGGGGAGCCGGUGCACGGGCUGGUGCACACCGAGGUGGUGGAGCUCAUCCUCAAGAGCGGGACGAAGGUGCUGGUGACAACGACGCCGCUGGAGAACACCUCGAUCCGCCUGGGCCCCGCGCGGCGCCGCAGCGCCCGCGCCAAGAUGGCCCGGAGGAACCGCCGCGGGGGGCACCGGGAGCGGCCACGAGAGGUGGGCACCGGGCGGCGGCGCAGCGCGCUGUUCCGGCACCUCGCCCGCCAGGCCUCGCUGCUGCACACGAGCCGCUCGCUGACGUCACUGAGCCGCUCGCUCUCCUCCUCCGACUCGCUGCCCGCCUCCCCCACGCACGCGCGGGCGCGCGACCCCGGUUCCCCGCAGGGGCCCUCGCCGCCCAGCAGCUCGCCGGGCUCCAGCGCUCCGCCGUCGCCGGCGGGGCCGCACCUGCGGCCGAGCUCCCUGCAGGGGCUGUCGCCGAAGCUGCAGCGGCAGUACCGGGCGGCGCGGUGCCGCUCGGCCGGCAGCAUCCCGCUCUCGCCGCUCGCCCACACGCCCUCGCCGCCCGCCGCCUCGCCGCCCGCCUUCCCCGCCAAGCUGCACCCCAAGGCCGCCGAGUCGCCGCGCCUCGCCCGCCGCGGGCUCCCCGAGAAGGCGGCGCCGGGGCCGCCCCGCAAGCUGGGGCUGGAGCCGCCCCCGCAAGGACUUCCCGGCCGAGCCGCCGCUGCAGAGCUUGGCCGAGUGGGACGGCGAGGGUCCGGCCGAGCCGCCCCCUCCCGCGCCCCCCCGCCCGCCGCCUGGGCCGGCAGGAGCUGCCGCUGCUGCUCGGGGGCCCCCCCGGGGCAGAGCCGCCCCCGCGGCACCGGAGGAGACCGAGAGGGGGGCGCGGGGUCCCCCCAAGGCGCUCAGCCCGGUGCAGGAGCACGAGCGCGGGGGGGCGGCCCCGGGGGGGGGGGCCCCCGGUGCCCAUCGUGGUGGUGGGGCCCGGCGCGACCCCCGGGGACCCCCGGAGCGCCGCGGGCCCCCCCGGGCGCUGAGCUUUACCCGAGCCCCCCACCGCCCCCCCCCCCAAACCCCCCGGCUGUAAAUAGGGUGGGGGGGGCACCCCGGGACCCCCCAGGCAUGCGGGGGUCGCGCCCCCCCCCCCCCCCCGGCCCCUCCCCGCGUACGCGAAGGGUUAAUACUGUGACACACCCCCCCCGUGUGACGUCACCGACCCGGCACACCCCCCCGGUGUGAUGUCAUCGACCCGGACGAACCCCCCCCCCCCCCCCCAGGGUGAUGCCCCUCUCUUCCCCCCUCCCGGUCUCCCGUUUGCCCCCGGUUAUGGCUCCCGGUGCUGACGUCAGAGCGGUGAUGACGUCACAGCACCGAUGUCACGGGCGGGGCGCGGGCGCUGCUCUGAUGUCACUUGGGGAUGGGGUGGUGGUGACGUCAUCCCCUCCAGCGUGAUGUCACGGCCGCUGCGGAAUCGAUGAUGUCACGGCCGUGGCAUCACCGGCGGCCUUCGAGUGCUGACGUCACCGCUGUGACGUCGCCGGAGGUGCGAGGGCGGUGAUGUCACAGCUGCAGUGACCGCCGAGGCGGGGGGGGGGGGUGGUGGGGGGUGGGGGGUGUGUGUGUGUUUAGGCCCGGUUCCCACCCGGUGAUGACGUCACACGAGGGCCAGCCAAGCCGGUGACAUCACCACCACCCCCCCGUGACAUCAUCACUCCCCUUCCCCCCCCCCCCGUUCUCGCUAUGCAAACGCCCCCCCGGGCAGGGGGGGGCCGGGGGGGUCCCGGGGACCAAUAAAGGCUGUACAGCACCGA